AUGAGCAAGCUCAAUUAUCUCUCCUAUAAAAGCUAACAUUAGAAAAACUAAUAAGCACACAAACCGUAAAAGUUCUGAAGAUAGACAAAACAAGAGAAAAAAGAUGGAAGUAGUAAGUAAGAUUGAUCAAGAAAACCAAGCAAAAAUUUGGAAACAAAUUUUUGGUUUUGCAGAAUCAUUAGUUCUAAAAUGUGCAGUUCAGUUAGAGAUUGCUGAAACACUUCAUAAUAAUGUAAAACCCAUGUCUUUAUCCGAGUUAGCAUCUAAACUUCCGGCUCAACCCGUUAAUGAAGACCGUUUGUACCGAAUUCUGCAUUUCUUAGUUCACAUGAAACUCUUCAACAAAGAUGCUACCACACAGAAAUAUUCAUUAGCUCCACCAGCAAAGUAUUUGCUAAAAGGCUGGGAAAAAUCAAUGGUUCCUUCAAUAUUAAGCGUGACUGAUAAAGAUUUUACAGCUCCAUGGAAUCAUCUUGGGGACGGUUUAACCGGUAACUGUAACGCUUUUGAGAAAGCGUUAGGAAAGGGCAUUCGGGUUUAUAUGAGAGAAAAUCCUGAAAAAGAUCAAUUGUUUAAUGAAGGAAUGGCUUGUGAUACUAGAUUAUUUGCUUCAGCAUUGGUUAACGAGUGCAAAAGUAUUUUCAGUGACGGGAUCAAUACACUUGCCGGUGUUGGCCGUGGUACUGGUACUGCAGUGAAAGCCAUAUCCAAAGCUUUUCCGGAUAUUAAGUGCACAAUCCAUGAUCUUCCUGAAGUUACCAGUAAAAAUAGUAAAAUUCCAAGAGAUGUUUUUAAGUCCGUUCCUAGUGCAGACGCCAUCUUUAUGAAGAGCAUUCUUCACGAAUGGAACGAUGAGGAAUGUAUUCAAAUCUUGAAACGAUGCAAAGAAGCAAUACCAAAAGGGGGCAAAGUUAUCAUUGCGGAUGUCGUAAUAGACAUGGACUCGACUCAUCCGUAUUCAAAAUCUAGACUCGCAAUGGAUUUGGCUAUGAUGCUCCACACGGGUGGAAAAGAGAGAACUGAAGAAGAUUGGAAAAAACUUAUUGAUGCUGCAGGUUUUGCUAGCUGUAAAAUUACUAAACUAUCUGCUCUCCAGUCUGUUAUUGAGGCUUACCCUCAUUGAGGAUAAUUUUUAUCCUUCUGUUUUCCCUUUGGUUAAUUGUUGCCUUCUCUUUGGAUCAUGGUUGCGUUUAUAAUAAAUGCAGCGUUUCUUUCCUGGCGGUAAGUGCAAGAAAGAAAAAGCUUCCAGAAACUUCCUUGAGUAUGCCUGGUGAUCUUAAUUAUCAACAACUUUUUUUGUGAAUUUUCUUGGUGAUCUUAAUUAUCAAUUACUUUUUUUUUUCCCGA